UUCGCUGGCGAGGGGCGACGGCUGCGCAAGACGGCAGGACCGGUCUAACAAGUGACGACAAGAAAUAGGACUUCAGCUACAUUCUUUUCCAUCCUUGAUCACGCUUCUUUCCUUCUGGUUUUCAAUCCUUCCCUUCUAACUAUAACCCUCGAUUGGCGAUAUUUGAUACCCCUUGUUGGUUAUGCCCCUUGGUUCUGGCUUCCUUCUCACGUAGACGACUCUCGCGACGAUAGCGAUUCCCAUCCAACGAAGAUGGGUUGCCGCGGUAGUCGGAAGCAGGUCGAAAUUCGACCUGAGCAAAAGUGGGAUGCCAUUAGCCUCAGAGAUUUCAAGUCAACGUCAUGCUUCACCCCAUUCGCCUUCGCCUAUCUGUACUUCUCCCUUAUCAUAUCUCUGGCCGUUUACGGCGUCGAUACCUUCACGGCUAUUAAUCUGCUCGCCUUCAACACUUGGUCGUCCGCCAUCGAUCCCACCCAGCUUAUCCCGUUCGACGUUUCGAAAUGGAUCUUCUCCGCAUGCAUCAUCGCCACGUUCGUUAACCUUGCGUUCGAACAUCUCCGUGCUAUGAGGGUUAUGAAGCGAGGAAGCGUCGCCGAAUGCUACCUUGACCCUUUGGCAGUGCGUCUGGAAAGUGUUCGUAUGGGGUCUGGGCAGGGGUGGAGGCGCUUCCUCGUUUUCGCCGAGUUGACGAAAUCUAAGAAGGGGGCCGAGUAUGUGGCUCUUUUUACGUACUUCAGCUUUCAAUCAUGGAUCCGUGUUAUCUUCUGUUCUGGCCCACGCCAGGCCAUCAACGCCCUAACCAUAUACGCCGUCUACACUUCGGAUCUAAUCCCCACGGAUGUCUCCUCAGUAGAAAGUACUCUCGGAACCCUCUACAGCAAGCUGCAGCAGCUCGCUACUGAGAACACUCAGCAGGUGGUGAUUUUGUCUGGCAUGUUGUUCACCCUGGUCGUCUGGGUCGUGUCCUUCUUGUUCUUGCUCACCGCGGCCUUCUUCUACGUUUUCUUCCUCUGGCAUUAUAUUCCUCGGCAAGAUGGGGGCCUCCACGGCUACUGCGAGCGCAAGGUCAACAAGAGACUGACGGAAAUUGUGACGGUCAAGGUGAACAAGGCACUGGAAAAGGAGGAACGAGAUCGAUUCAAGGCGGAGUAUAGGGCCGCGAAGAAAGCUGGCGAAAAGGCGCCGGUGGGACGACAAGCAACUAUACCAACUCUGAUGGAUGACAGCAGCCAGGAUGAUAAACUCCCGGGAAUGCCCACGCUUAGCCGGAACGACACAAUGGCUACCUUGCCGCCAUACAGCUCGCGACCCGGGUCUACGCGCAGCAUCGAACUCGAUUCCUGGGACCCGAAACUGCCGACACGGCCCGCCAACGUCUCAUCUCGUGCCCCCCUGGUAGAUGAGGCCGCCCCGAUGGGCUUCGGGGGAAUCGCGUCUCCUGCGCCGACUCUACCCUCAUUUGACCUUGCUGAUUUGCAGCCGCCAACUCGGCCAGGAACGCGAAGCUCAAAGGGAAGCCUGAGCUCAGUUGGUGAGCUUGGUCGUUUGCAAACGAGCGGAAAUGGAUUCGACGGCGGAUAUACGGCAAGCCCAUCUACCUAUUCGCCGGACGCCCUGCCACCCAUGCCGCAACCCGCCCGCUCCCCGCCCUCGAUGGAUGGCUAUGGUCGACCCAUGCCUCGUUCCGUCAAUCAACUUGGUGGACGGCCUAGUAAUGGUGGGCCAAUCGACGGACGUUCCAGUCCAGCACCUUCCAUGUACUCCAACCGGGGGCCUCCCACGAACGGACGCUCUAGCCCGGCACCCUCUAUGUACUCAAACCGGGGACCUCCGGCGAGUGGACGCUCUGGUCCGGGACCGUCCAUGUUCCCGAACCGCGGUCCCGUCUAUAACGUUCACCCUUAUCCGCCUCAGCGUAGCGCCACGAAUCCUAUGUCCCCAGCCCAGAGACUGCCGCCGCAGCGGAAUAUGACAGCUCCAAUGCCGCCCCGGCAGCCGGAUGGAUACUACCCGCAGCGGCCCGGGACUACUACGGGCCAGAGGAACACGGGGCCAAGAUACGACUACGACGGUGACUUAGAAGCGCAACGCGACUUUCAAAGAUACUAGUAUUUAUACAAGGUGAAGGAUUGACCACAUGAAGGUGGGAUGUGCGGAUACCCUAAUAUUGUCACGCGUAUGCGGACAAACCCACAAUGUCUCUCGUUAUAGCUGAGCCGGCACGAGACGUUUGGGAGGACAUGUCUUAGAAAGUCGUCCUAUUUCGUUUAAGAGGACGCCAACGAGAAGGCGCUCGUAUUGUAAAUACAUCAGGGGUUGCGAUGAAUUUAAUGAAGUCUCGUUGUACUGCACGGUUCAUCUCGAAGAUUGUAGCAACUAUACGGGGCUGACUGUUCCCUAUUGUGGGCCUCUGAUCGCGGGUAUU